AUGAAGUGGGCAACACCUUUGCUAUUUGCGCUGGUCCUCGCACUAACCUGGGCUCUCCAUGCAAACACCAUGAGAGCUCGUAGCACAAACCAUGUGAAAAGUAUCUGUAGCACAUGGGGUAACUGGCACUUCAAAACAUUCGACGGAGACGUGUUUCAGUUCCCUGGCUCCUGUGAAUAUAACCUGGCCUCGGACUGCCAGGGUCCUGUUCCGGAAUUCUCCAUUCACGUGUGGAAGAGUAAGACCCUUGCAGGGCUUGAAAUCCAAGAACUGAUGGUCACCUUCGGUGGCACUAUUGUUGAACUCAACAGGACUGCAGUUAAGGUCGACGGGAAACCGGUAACCCUGCCCUACCAUGUCCUCUGGGUUCUGCUGGAAGAGAACUCCGUCUAUAUCAAAAUCUACUCCAAACAGGGCAUCACAGUUAUGUGGAAUAGAGACGAUGCUGUUAUGGUGGAGCUGGACUCCAAGUAUGCCAACCGGACUUGUGGACUUUGUGGGGACUUUAACGGCCUUCAGAUCUACAAUGAGUUCAUUCACGGAUACAUGAAGAUGAGUGCUAUUGAAUACGGUAACAAGCAGAAGAUCCAUAAUCCAUAUUUGGAGUGUGAGGAUCCAAACGAGGAAGAUGACAUAGGCUCACAACAACUCAGUUUAUGUCAGGGCCACCAUGCCAGCUGUGCUGAUCUUCUGCUCUCUGAUGACUGGGCAUCCUGCACAGCCAUCCUGAACCCUGAUCCCUACAUACAAGCCUGUACCCUGGACAAAUGCCGCUCUCCCCCUGGUGACACCUCGGACAACUCACUCAUCUGUGCCACCCUGUCAGAAUAUUCUCGCCAGUGUUCCCACGCCGGCGGCACCCCACCCAACUGGAGAACGUCCACCUUCUGUGCGGUCCAGUGCCCUUACAACAUGGUCCAUUCCGAGAGUGGUUCCCCCUGUGUGGACACUUGCACAUACACUGAUACCAGCUCUCUGUGCCAGGAGCACAAGAUGGAUGGCUGCUUCUGCCCUGAAGGAACCGUAUUUGAUGAUAUCUCUCUACGGGGCUGCAUUCCUCAGACGGAGUGCCAGUGUAAGCAUGACAGAGUCUACGACACUGGAGAGAUUUUUCAAAACGCAGAGGAACAAUGUGUAUGCUAUCAGGGCAAAUGGGAGUGUAACAGUUUGCCCAGCUCAGGGUUCUGUGCCCUGGAGGAGGGGUCACAUUUCACAACGUAUGAUGGAAAAGAGUUCACUUUCCAUGGAGAGUGUAACUAUGUCAUCUCCAAGGACUGUGCAGGAUCAAAGUUUUCCAUUCUGGGGCAGUUGAUUCCCUGUAGCACUAUAGAAACAGACACCUGUCUGAAGUCCAUCAUGUUGAUUCUGAACAAAGAUAAGACAAAUGUUUUAAGCAUUAAAGCUGACGGGAGAGUGCGACACAACGCGGAUGUCCAGCUGCCGUAUAGCACGGCGAACCUGACGGUGUUCAGGCCUUCUACCUUUUACAUCAUGGUGCAGACCAACUUUGGGUUGCACAUUAAAGUUCAGCUUGUGCCUUUAAUGCAGCUCUACAUCACCCUGGAUCACAGCUAUCAGAACAGGACAUGCGGUCUGUGUGGCAACUUUAACAAUGUUCUGAAGGAUGAACUGAAGAGUCCUCAGGGUCUGGUGGAAGGGACAGCUGCAUCCUUUGCGAACUCGUGGAAGACCCAGACCACCUGCCCAGACAGGACCGAGCGGCUGGAUGACCCCUGCUCCUACAGCGUGGUUAACGAGAACUACGCUGAACACUGGUGUUCCAACCUGAAGAGUAAAGAAAGUCCUUUUUCAAAAUGCCACUCCACCGUCAGCCCAGAUAACUAUUACAAGAGGUGUAAAUACGCCAGCUGUAACUGUGACAGGAGUGAAGACUGUCUCUGUGCCGUUUUCUCCUCUUACGUCAGAGCUUGUGCAUCUAAAGGCAUCUUCCUCCAAGGCUGGAGAAGCCUGGUUUGCGAGAAGUACACCGAGCAGUGUCCAGUCUCUCAGGUCUUCUCUUACAAGCUACAGCAAUGCCAGAGCACGUGCCAGUCCCUCAGCUCCGAACGUCAGGUCUGCAGUACAGACUUUGUGCCCGUGGAUGGCUGCUCGUGCCCUGAGGGCCAGUACCAGGACGAACAUGGCAUGUGUGUGCCAGUGGAACAAUGCUCCUGUUACCACGACGGGGAAUACAUCAAACCUGGCAAAUCCAUUUACAUCAAAGACCAGCACUGCGUGUGUUCUAAUGGGAAACUCAGCUGUCAAUCACGGUUUACCCGUAUUCCCUUAGCCUGUCCUGAUCCCAAAGUCUACUUUAACUGCAGCACUGCGAACCCUGAUGAGUAUGGAGUAGCCUGUGCCAGGAGUUGUCUGUCUCUGGAGCAGGAUUGUGUUGCCAUGGAGUGUGAGUCUGGAUGUAUGUGCCCAUCCGGUCUGUUGGAUGACGGCCGUGGCAACUGUGUUAAAGAUUAUGAAUGCCCGUGCCAACACAACGGGCAUUUCUAUGCUGCAGGCUCUCGCAUAUCCAUCAAAUGCAACACAUGCAAUUGUAAAAUGGGAAAGUGGGAGUGUACAGGGAACGUCUGUCCAGGGACCUGCACCAUCUAUGGCAGUGGACAUUACAACACUUUCGAUGAUCAGAGAUUUGGCUUCAGUGGGAGUUGUAACUAUGUGGCGGCCCAGGACACGUGUGGAAACAAGACAGGUUCUUUCCGGGUGAUUACUGAGAACGUACCAUGUGGAAUGACAGGAGCAACAUGUUCCAAAUACGUCAGGAUUAUUUUAGGGAGAACGGAGCUUCGUUUGGCAGAUGGACGAGUGGAACAAGAGAAUCUUGAGCAAGGUGCUCUCAUCCCAUACAGAGUGCGGACUGUGGGACUGUACAUGAGCAUCGAGGCUGACAUUGGUCUGACUGUUCUGUGGGACCGCAAAACCGCUGUUCACAUCAUCCUCCAGCCACAGUACAUGGGUGAGGUCUGCGGACUAUGCGGCAAUUUCAAUGGGAACGGCAAAGAUGACUUUACCACUCCAGCCCAUCUGCUGGUCACCGACGUCCUGGAGUUUGCCAACAGCUGGAAAGACAGCAGUGGCUGUCCCAACAUGAGGAUGGUGGUUGAUCCAUGUAGUCAGAACCCAAAUCGCCUGACCUGGGCUAAGAUGCAAUGCAGUAUCAUCACAGGAAAGACUUUCCAGGACUGUCACAGUAUGGUUGACCCAGCGCCUUACUAUGACAACUGUGUGACAGAUUCAUGUGCUUGUGAUAGUGGUGGAGACUGUGAGUGUUUCUGUACAGCUGUGGCAGCCUAUGCCCAAGCUUGUAAUGAUGCUGGUGUGUGCGUUGCCUGGAGAACCCCUGAAAUCUGCCCGGUCUAUUGUGAUUACUAUAAUGAACAGUUUGAAUGCAUCUGGCACUACAGUCCAUGUCAUACACCCUGCUACAAAACAUGCUAUUAUCCUGAGGGUGUUUGCACAAGCCCUAUUCCCAACCUGGAAGUAUGUCCGGAGGACAAACCUAUAUUUGAUGAGAGGAACAACAUUUGUGUGGAAAAGUGCGAAGGAUGCUACCAUAAUGGCACCUGGUAUGAGCCCGGAGAUGAAAUUCCGACCGACGAGUUGUGCCAAAAAUGGUGGAAUAUCAACACCAUCGGAAAUCAGUUCAACACAAUAUUUCACGACGACACUUGGAACUGCUUCUUCCACUUUCUCAAUAGUAACAGCAAGUACACCUUCAACAACCCGGUUUACAAGUCAGCCACAGAUAAUUGUUUCAAGUACAGCAGCAACUCCAUCAAUAUCAACAAUUUCUACAAGAACAACGACACCAGUGACUGA